GCCGUUACACGUAGCUAUGUGUUUCCAUCGAUUGGUCAGGGGCGGCGUGGCUUACCGUCCGACCAUUAACCCAGUUGUGUGGCGCGACGCGGCCCGGCUGGGCACGCGAGCCCUCGCCUCAGUCCAACACCAUGCAACUGCCCGAAACACCGCCGCCGCCUCUCGCUCCGCUGUGGGACCGCGUGCUCCGGGCGCGAGCCCUACCACCGGACCUUGAUGUGGAACUCCUCUAUGUCGCGAUACGGGACCGCCUCACGCAUCCCGAGUGGGAAGUACGUCUUCACGCACUCCGUGUCUUAGCAGAUCUUCUGCCACUCUCGGGCAAUGCGCUGUCGUUUCCGUUCGAUCAAGUCGUCGACAAUCUAGGACACAACUCACCGAACGUUCGAAAAGCUGCGCUGGAUGCUUUAAAAGUUUUCUGCACGCAUUGCGAAGAUGUGGAAUGCGCGGCGCGAGCACUUUUGGACAAAUGCUCCUAUCACAACAUACGGCCACAUUCCGCGAAUAUUGAUACAAAAGUGAACGUCAUCACAGGCCUUAUACUCUCCAUACCUUCUGUGAUGGGUAUAUUGAAAAGAAGACACUCACAUCUCGAUAUGUUACCAAUAUUUCAAGUGUUAGGUGAGAAACUAUUUGAUCCGGUACACAGAGACGUCGCACAGAGAUCUCUGCUGAAACUGAGAAGGGCUUGUGGACCGCGGGAUUAUAUGAUGUAUCUUUCUAGAUUAGAUCCUAAAGUUCAGGACAGAUUUCGACAUUUGUGUGAAACUUAUGACGAAGAUUCAAUGGACGUUUACUAUGCUCCUAGAAAAACUGCAUAUAGAAAUAAUAAUAACCAACCUUUAGUUAAAAUUAAUCAUGUUUUUAAUAAUAACCACACGGGACCCAUCCGUGUGUCGACUGAUUCAUCAUCGGAAGAUUCUUUUGGGGCUAUACCUUUUUAUAAUAAUAAUUUUGCAAAAGUUAUAAUUGAAACAGAAAUAAAAUUUGACUCUGAUACUGCGAUCACGAUGACCGUUUUGGAAGAGAAUGAGACUGAAUCUGAGAAGAAUACUGGAAGUGAAGAUGACUAUGAUAGCUCGGACAGAAAUAUGUUAAAAUAUAGUGAUGGUGAUUCCGAAGACACGGAUGUUGUGGUUAAAAGAGUGCGUUUCGGUGGUGAGAGUGUUAAGAUAAGGACCCCUGAUAGCGAUAACUUAUUGACAAGCGAAGAUGACAACAAUUUUCAUGACAAGAGAAAAGACAACUAUAAAGAACUAAUGGCACCUGUAACACCGGCGAUAGUGAGCAGAAUGAACGAAAUUAAAAGAGCAGCAUUGGAAAGAGAAUCACAAAAUAAACUGGGAAAAAAGAGUGGCAUUCCUCUGCCAGUCAUACAGAAUAAACCCCAGAAGCCGACAUAUGUAACUAAAUAUAAUGGAGUAAAAGUAAAAUCGAAAUCUCUGAGCGAGUUGUAUGACUACUUUAAAUCUAAGAAUGAUGAUGAGGAUAGCAAAAUUACAGAAAUGUCUGGUUUAGCAUUGUCACUGGCUGAAGUGCGGUCUCCAGAGAAAUCUGGUCGCAGUUCGCGUAGUCCUGUGGAGCCUCACAAAGAGGUGGAGGUUCUUCACAACUUGCAGCGUAGUCCCUCGGUGUCUCCACGCCGUCAUCAAACACGGGUAGAGUUGGAGCGAGACGGGUUCGUGUUGAGUCUUCUAGCAUCGUCACCCCCUAAGGAGACCGACAUCCUAACUCCGCGGACUCCAACUCCACUGAGGUCGCAUUACGACUGGGAAGAAUUGGGAGUGGUUCCGCAACAUGUGUCCGAUCAACUACACAAUACGGAGAACUGGAUAGCGGCAGUACGCGCGGCUGACCAGCUCCACAGCACGUUACUGGAAGCCAGCAGCGUGAGGAAGGUGGAGCCGGCUGCGCUGUCGCUCGUGCAUCACAUGUGGGCCCUUAGUGAUGAGGUGGCAGCCGCCAGAGCGCCGGCAGAGGGCGCAGUAUGCGCUCUAGUGCGGGGUGCAAGCAGUGACUGCGCGAGACAACUCCUGCCCGCCCUGAUCUCCCGCAUGGCACGCGAGCCACUCCCAGCAGCCUUACCCCAUGCGUUGCUGCAGCGAUUGGCACUGCAUCACAUUGUUGAUCUUAUUUUUGAUCCGAGUAUGAUUGGGGUAAGUGGAGACAAAGAGAUGAUCCAGAGUGCUCAACUCCGGGCCACAUUAUGCUUGGCCAGGGCUGCGGGCCCGGCUGCCGUGCUGUCUGCUGUCAGGAGGAGGCUCGCUGGUACUGCGAGAGCUGAUGUGUUUUGUAAUAAGUUAAGGGAAAGGCUGAGUCGUCCUAUAGAGAACAUUAGGCCAAGUCAUGUCAGCCGGAGCUCGCAGUUGCCAGUACCAGUGAGACGUCGUGCCAGGUCUACCCCUCCUCCCGCUCCUCCACCACCUCCGAGAAGACUGAGGCCUCUGCCUGACUCCGCACCCCUGCCUGGUGUGUCGCAGCCAGGCAGGGAUUACAUUCCAUUCCACACGCUCUCACCGAUCCCUCUCAGCGACAGAGACUCGAGUGCGCUCACCAGCUAUGAGGACGGGGAAACUAAUAAGAAAGCUUCCGCUUCCAAAGAAUCUGAUAAAAAAAUUAUCCUUGAUGACUCUACUGAAGUCAAAACAGCUGAUGUCGACGUUCAAGAUUCGGUGCCGUCGCCACCCCGUUCGCCUUCAAUCCGCGUCGAAGACUACUCGGAAAAAUCUAACCCCUCACCAGUUAGUGCACGGUCUCAGUUGCAGGUUGACCCUCCACCAUUGCCUUCCCAACCCGGCAGUGCGGGAACCUCUACUGGUCAUGAGUCAAUCGAAUCACGAGCGAGUACCGUAGUUGAGGUAUCGCCAGUGCGGACCGUUGCAAGUGCGCGACCUUCACCAACACCUCCGAGAAGCAGCGCGCCGUCACCCGCACGCAGCGGAGUGCCGACGCCGGAGCCUGCUAGCGACGUGUACGACGAGCCGCCACGUGCUGCCGAGCGUGACGUGCGCACUGCGCUCGCUGAAUGUAUAGUUCCGGCACGACAUGAGGACUGGGAGGUCAUUGUCAGCGGGCUCGUGGAGACUGAAAGGCUUGCAGCGGACCCAGCGGCCCGUGCUCCUGCAGCUAGCUGGCGCAGUGCUGCACGCUCUGCCGCUACGCAUGUUCGCUCAUUGAGAUCUCGAGUAGCGCGGGCCGCCUGCGGUACGUUGGGCGCGCUUUUUGAGCACCGAGGUCGGGCCUUGGAUCCUGAAGUCGAAGAAACCGCCGGCGCAUUGCUGGAGCGCUGCGCCGAUGUCAACCGGUUCUUGCGAGCCGACGCUGCUAAUGCGUUGGUGAAGGUGGCACGUGGUGGCAGUGAGGUUCGCGCAGUGGUGGCGUUGUCCAGGCGUGGGGCUACUCACCGCGCGGGCCCGGUGAGGGCGGCGGCUGCGGCGGCUCUGGCGCAGCUGGUGCGGCACGGCGGGGCUUCGCACGUGCUGGCGCUGCCGUCCGACAUCCGCACGUCGCUGCUGCGCGCGGCGGGCGAGCUGUUGGCAGAUGCGAACGCCGACACGCGGCUGCACGCGCGGCAGCUGUGCCUCGCCCUCGGUGAGGACGUGCGGUUCAAACAAAUGCUCAAGGAAGCAAUGCCACCUUCACGAUAUCGAGCAAUCGAGAAGUAUGUCGAUAAGUUACGCUACCGAUAGGAACCGAUAGCUAUCCUGUCUCCCAAGUUAUAAGUUCCUCCCUAAAAGUCGAGCUCUGAUGGUUGACAGCUAAUUAAAUAAGUGAAAUUGUGAAAUAUGACUGAAAUAUGCGAAAGGUAUUUUUGUAGUAAAAAUAAAUUAAAUAUUAUACUGUACGACUCUGUGUUAAAAUGAAGUUGAAUUGUUAUCCUCCAAUGGAGCGAACUUUAUUAUAUGACAAUUAAUUUAUAAACAUUUAUUAGUAAAUAAAUAUUCU